AUGUCGAUGGACGAAGUUUUGCACAACCUUUGGGUCGGAGACCUCUCGGGCGCACUGGACACCGAGAAGCUCAGAGCGCAGAAGAUCCGUAGCGUGCUGACCGCUUCUCGAGGUCGACUAUCCGUCCACCUGACUCUCGGCCAACGUCAAAUCAAGUCUAAUGUAGACGACACCGAUUCCUCGGACAUCUUGCAGUACUUCGUGCCCGCCGUCAUCUUCAUUCAAGCGGAACUCGACAAUGGCCAUGGCGUGCUUGUGCACUGUCAAUCGGGUAUCAGCAGAAGUGCAUCCAUUGUUGCGGCCUAUCUCAUGGUUUCGCAAGGGCUUGAUCCUGAAGGUGCCUUGGGAACGAUCAUGAGAGUCAGGCCUGACGUGCAACGCAACGUCGACUUCUAUCGGCAACUUGAGAUAUUCCACAAGGCAUGCGCCAAAGUUUCAAAGCACGACAGGGAAACACGCAUGCUUCACCUGGAGCGUGCAGUGCAUGAGGUAUUGAACGGACAUGAUGAGGUGGAGACCAAAAUGUCUGCCCAGUCCGCAUAUACCUCGUCCGAUGCUCCAGUGCCUACCCCUCGACGUCACAUUAUUUGCAGAAAGUGCAGGCACGAGCUGGCGACUCGGAAGUUUAUGCUCGACCAUGGUCAACUGGGACCAUCUAUGCACGACAUAAUCAGAACACCCAAGACAUCUUCCAUGGCGCUCGACGGAUCCGACGCGUCCUCUGACUAUGCGAUUGAGGAGGAAAGCUCCGGCGACGAGCAUUGUAAGCCCGACGAACCCGAAUCCGAGGACGACUUCGACAACGCCUCAGUGUUUUCCUGGACGACUGUCGGGAGUACCCUCCCCCCGCUCUCGAUGUCGAGCUCGUACAGCGACCUGUCCGACCUCGUUGCCCAGCUCUCUUCACCAGACGGUCUCGCCGUGACUCCUAUGUCGGACUUGCCGACCCACACCACCCCCCAGAACCCCAAGCUCACGAACACGAAGAGCGCAGACUUUUUCGCAGCCGUGAGCCCGUCGAUCCUGAUCAAUGCCAGAUGCUCCGGGUACUUCGUCCAGCCGAUGAAGUGGAUGGCGCCAUUCCUGGAGCAGGGCAAUGCGUCGGGCAAGAUCAUAUGUCCGAAUGAGAAGUGCGGUGCAAAACUGGGCAACUACUACUGGGCGGGUACAUUCUGCAGCUGCCAGAAAUGGGUUACUCCGGCUUUCUGUAUUGCUCGGAACAAGGUCGAGGAGGCGGCGUAG